AAGUUGUAAAAUUGAGUGGGUAAAUUACGAUUUCACACACCCGGUUGGAAAUUACAUCGACAAAGAAGCGGACUUCCCGUCCGGCAAAUCAAAUUGGUAAUUACACAUACUUUUCACUGGUCACUGGACUGUCAGUCCACUGCUCAUCCUCCCGCCAAACUCAAAACACGGGUUUAAGCCAAAAACCCUAGUCUUCAAUUACUCUCUCAGUUCUUCAAUUGGCCAAAGAAACGCUGCCGUAGAAGCUGCAAAGAUGAGUUUCGCGGCGUGCAAGACAAUGCAUUGCCCCACCGGCAUCGAGAACUGCGCCGCCGGAUUCUUCACUCACUCCGCCGCCGAUUUCACCCCGCAAAUUCAUACAGCCGACGUCGACUCCGAUUGGCCAGCCACCAAGCCACUUGGUCCUAUACCGAACCUCGUUGUCUCGGCAGGAAACGUGCUUGAAAUUUACUUGGUUAGGGUUGAACAAGCAUCCUCCAGAGAUACCGCCGAAGUGAAACGUGGUGGCCUCAUGGCCGGUAUUUCUGCUGCUUCACUUGAGCUCGUUUGCAAUUACAGGCUGCAUGGAAAUAUAUAUUCAAUGGGAGUGUUAACAGCAGGAGGAGUUGAUGGUGGGAGAAGGAGAGAUUCCAUUAUUUUAUCUUUUGAAGAUGCUAAAAUGUCUGUUCUUGAGUUCGACGACGCCACACAUGGACUACGGACUAGCUCAAUGCACUGUUUUGAAGGUCCAGACUGGUUUCAUUUAAAAAGAGGACGAGAAUCAUUUGACAAAGGGCCGAUUAUCAAGGUUGAUCCGCAGGGGAGGUGCGCUGGAGUCUUUGCUUUCGAACAACAGAUGAUAAUACUCAAGGCUGCCGAGAUCAAUUCUAGCUUAGUUGGUGAGGACAGUGCUUUUAGUUCUGGAGGUGCCUCAGCUCGCAUCGAAUCAUCAUAUAUCAUCACCUUACGGGAUCUUGAUGUGAGGCAUGUCAAAGAUUUCAUAUUUCUUCAUGGUUAUAUUGAGCCGGUCAUGGUUAUCCUUCAUGAAAGGGAACUUACUUGGGCUGGGCGCAUCUCUUGGAAACAUCAUACUUGUAUGGUCUCUGCUUUUAGUAUUAGUACAACAUUGAAGCAGCAUCCACUGAUAUGGUCAGCUGUUGAUCUCCCUCAUGAUGCAUAUAAACUUCUUGCUGUGCCAUCUCCUAUUGGUGGAGUACUUGUUAUUGGUGCGAACUCAAUCCAUUAUCACAGCCAGUCAUCUUCUUGUUCGUUGGCGUUGAACAAUUUUGCCUUCUUUGGUGAUAGCAGUCAAGAUAUGCCAAGAUCAUCUUUUACUGUGGAGUUAGAUGCAGCUAAUGCAACUUGGUUAGCAAAUGAUGUGGCAAUGCUGUCAACAAAAACAGGGGAGCUACUUCUUCUGACAAUUAUGUAUGAUGGGAGAAUUGUUCAAAAGCUCGACCUUUCAAAAUCAAGAGCUUCAGUACUUACAUCGGGAAUUACAACAAUUGGAGACUCAUUAUUCUUUUUGGGCAGUCGCCUAGGAGAUAGUUUGCUCGUGCAGUUUACUUGUGGUCUGGGAGGGUCAAUUUUGCCUCCUGGGGUGCAGGAAGAGGUUGGAGAUAUUGAAAGUGAUACUCCUUCUGCGAAGAGGCUAAGAAGGUCAUCCUCGGAUGCAUUGCAAGAUAUGAUUAAUGGCGAAGAGCUUUCCUUAUAUGGUACUGCUCCAAAUAAUGCACAAUCAGCACAGAAGGCAUUCUCAUUUGCAGUGAGGGAUUCCCUGAUCAAUGUUGGCCCUCUAAAAGACUUUGCUUAUGGUCUGAGAAUUAAUGCCGACCUAAAUGCUACUGGAAUUACUAAGCAAAGUAAUUAUGAACUGGUAUGUUGUUCAGGCCAUGGAAAAAAUGGUUCUCUGUCAGUUCUUCAACAAUCUAUCCGCCCAGAAAUGAUAACCCAAGAAGCCUUGCCAGGUUGCAAGGGAAUUUGGACUGUUUACCACAAGAGCGCGCGUAGCCAUCUCAAUGAAUCCUCAAGGGUGGCAGAUGAAGAAGAUGAAUAUCAUGCAUAUUUGAUUAUUAGUUUGGAGACUCGUACGAUGGUUCUGCAGACUGCAAAUAAUUUGGAGGAGGUAACAGAGAAUGUCGAUUACUAUGUUCAAGGAAAUACUAUUGCUGCUGGAAAUCUGUUUGGGAGACGUCGAGUAGUCCAAGUGUUUGCUCAUGGCGCUCGAAUUCUUGAUGGUGCAUUUAUGACUCAAGAACUGAGCUUUAAGGCUUCAAAUGUGGAAUCUGGCUCGAGUUCUGAUAGUCCUAUCGUAUCUUCUGUUUCGAUAGCUGACCCUUAUGUUUUACUAAGAAUGACAAAUGGAAGUAUUCAGCUUCUUGCAGGAGAUCCAUCAUCGUGCUCUGUUUCUGUUACUGUUCCAUCAAUAUUUGAAAGCUCAAAAAAGUCAGUAUCUGCUUGUACUCUAUAUCAUGAUAAAGGCCCCGAACCUUGGCUGAGGAAGACUAGUACUGAUGCUUGGCUUUCUUCUGGCAUGGGAGAGGCAAUUGAUGGUGCAGAUGGGGUAACCCAUGAUCAGGGUGAUGUGUAUUGUGUUGUUUGCUAUGAAAAUGGUACUCUUGAAAUAUUUGAUGUUCCCAAUUUUAGUUGUGUUUUCUCCGUCGAUAAAUUCGUAUCUGGAAGGACCCACCUUGUCGACACCUUUAUCCAAGAUCCAGUCAACGGUCUGAAGAAAAAUACUGAGGAUGUUAUGGGCCCUGGACAGAAAGAGAAUGCUAAGGACAUGAAGAUAAACGUGGUGGAGUUGAUGAUGCAUAGGUGGAUAGGGCUAUAUUCCCGCCCUUUUCUUUUUGGGAUAUUAGCUGAUGGGACGAUUCUGUGUUAUCAUGCAUAUGUUUUUGAAGGAUCAGAGAAUUCUUCUAAAGUUGAUGGAUCUGUUUCGUCACAGAAUUCCAUUGGUCUUAGCAGUACAAAUGCAUCUAGGCUCAGAAAUUUAAGAUUUGUUCGGGUUCCAGUAGAGAAUUAUGCAAAGGAAGAGAUGCCAUCUGGAACCCCAUCACAGCGAAUGAGUGUCUUUAAGAAUAUUGGUGGUUCUCAAGGAUUAUUUCUCACCGGGUCCAGGCCAUCUUGGUUCAUGGUAUUUCGUGAACGACUUAGAGUACAUCCACAGCUGUGUGAUGGACCUAUCGUUGCAUUCACUGUUCUUCAUAAUGUCAACUGUAAUCACGGACUUAUCUACGUAACAGCCCAGGGCACAUUAAAAAUUUGCCAGCUUCCAUCAUUCCUGUCCUAUGACAACUAUUGGCCAGUGCAGAAGAUACCACUGAAGGGAACACCACAUCAAGUUACUUAUUUUGCUGAGAAGAAUCUUUACCCGAUUAUAGUUUCAGUUCCAGUUCUUAAGCCAUUGAAUCAAGUCCUAUCAACUAUAGCGGAUCAAGAAGUUGGCCACCAGUUUGAUCCUGAUAAUAUAAAUUUUGAAGGGAACUAUCCUAUAGAAGAAUUUGAGGUGCGGAUUAUGGAACCAGACAAAUCUGGUGGGCCCUGGCAAACAAGGGCAAGUAUUCCUAUGCAAAGUUCUGAAAAUGCUCUGACUGUGAGGGUGGUUACUUUACUUAAUACAACAACCAGAGAGAAUGAAACACUAUUGGCAGUUGGAACUGCUUAUGUGCAAGGGGAGGAUGUUGCUGCAAGAGGGCGUGUGCUUUUGUUUUCUAUAGACCGAAAUGCUGAUAAUUCUCGAACUUUGGUCUCAGAAGUCUACUCAAAGGAAUUGAAGGGUGCUAUAUCUGCUUUAGCUUCACUUCAAGGUCACUUGUUGAUAGCUUCUGGUCCUAAAAUUAUCUUGCACAAAUGGACGGGGUCUGAGUUGAAUGGAGUUGCUUUUUGUGAUGUUCCUCCACUCCAUGUUGUGAGCCUAAAUAUUGUGAAGAACUUUAUUCUUCUUGGAGACAUUCACAAGAGUAUAUACUUCAUCAGUUGGAAAGAGCCUCAGCUUAAUUUAUUAGCUAAAGAUUUUGGUUCCCUUGACUGUUUAGCAACAGAGUUCUUGAUUGAUGGUAGCACUCUCAGUCUUGUAGUUUCAGAUGAUCAAAAGAAUGUGCAGAUAUUCUACUAUGCUCCAAAGGUGUCAGAAAGUUGGAAAGGGCAGAAGCUUCUGUCUAGGGCUGAGUUCCAUGUUGGUUCUCGCAUUACAAAGUUCUUACGCUUGCAGUUGCUUCCCACUAUAUCUGACCGAUCUGCUACCACUCCAGGGUCUGAUAAAACAAAUCGCUUCGCUUCAGUGUUUGGUACACUAGAUGGCAGCCUUGGCUGUAUAGCCCCUCUGGAUGAACUUACUUUUCGUAGGCUUCAGUCCCUGCAGAAAAAGCUUGUCAGUGCUGUUGCCCAUGUUGCUGGACUAAAUCCAAGAUCUUUCCGGCAGUUCCGUUCAAAUGGAAAAGCUCAUCGGCCUGGUCCAGACAACAUAGUUGACUAUGAGCUGCUAUCCCACUAUGAGAUGCUCCCAUUGGAGGAACAGCUUGAGAUAGCUCAGCAGAUUGGAACCACACGGACGCAAAUAAUGUCAAACUUGAAUGACUUGACCUUAGGCACAAGCUUCUUAUAGUGUAGCUCUGGCGAGGACGAAUAGAUCAGAAUCAAUGUUGCUAAUUUGGUGGAAGUGGGGAACUGGAGCGGUUCAGAAGUCAUCUUCGGCCAGUCUUAAAGCCUUCAGUAAUCAUCCUUGUGGAACUAAGAUGGCUUUACACCUAUGAUGCUGUUUCCUCUUUGAAUCAUGAAUCCGAAGAACUGUGCAGGGAUCACCAUUCUCGUCAAGCAGCUGCAAUCUCUUAAUGAGAUUGCCAGAAUUCUUGGUUCUCUGUUGUUAUUGAUGGAUGUAUAUUAGUUAGGUGUAUCAUUCCUAGGACCAUUUAUAAUGUACUGCAUAAGUUAAAAAAUGUGAAACUUGAUAUGCCAAUCUUUGUAAUAUUGUAUUUUUUUUAUUUUGGUAACACUUGUAGUUUUGUAGGUUAAUUUUUUUGUUUUGAGAAUGGUAACAUUUGUAAUCUUGUAGGUUAAUUAUAAUGUCCAAGUGAUUACACCGUCAACAAGGUUAGAAACUAAGUAUACAAAGCGGAUGCAGAUAUGGGGUCAAUCCAUCUUGAACUUGAUUAAACGAGAAUGUGUGUUUUUACUUCCCAAAUCAGAAAUGUUGGCGUGGAAAUUUCUAGUGGUUAGCAGUUUACAUCUUUUUUUUACA